CCCAGUUUUUAAACUGCAUUAACCUGGGCUUUGUUGUACUAAACGGGGUUAUAAUAGGCCGUUUAGUACACGUUUUAAAAUGACGUAAUUGUAUUUCACCAACGCAACUUUAACGAUUAAAUUGUAUCAUAAAACAAAGACCCUAUGCAUCCCAGCGUUCAGACACUGGGGGAAAAAAAUGUUAUAAUGACCUUUCCACUCUAAGAAGGCUUCGCCUGAAUGGCGGCUGAACCGGGCGAGUCGUACUGAGUUAUCCAAUCACAGGCCGCGAAACAAGAAUGUGGUUAUUUGUGACCUGAAUGUGGAGGAAAAAAAACACAGAAUGAGGAUUUGACUGGACUUUUUACAUUGGGGGGCUACUUCUGUGUUUACUGGAAGCCAAGCGACGUUUAAAACGCGGGCAGCUGGACACAUCUGUUUCAACUCCCCGGAGAGCCAGGGCUGUCGCGGAUCGCAGUGCCCAGCCGGAGAGGGAUCCUCGAGCAAGCCGCCUGAUUUGAUGUGCAUGUCACAGUAAGUGGCUGCCAUGAGCUUGGAGCCCGACGCCCUGGCUGUAGUGAACCAGCUGAGAGAGCUUGCAGCUGAUCCCCUCAACAGGAGAGCUAUUGUCCAGGAUCAAGGGUGCUUGCCGGGCCUCAUACUCUUUCUGGAUCAUCCUAACCCUCAGGUUGUCUACUCGGCGCUUCUGGCUGUGCGUUACCUAGCAGAAUGCCGUGCCAACAGGGAGAAAAUGAAAGGCGAGCUGGGGAUGAUGCUGAGUUUGCAAAAUGUCAUGCAAAAGACAACGACGCCGGGAGAGACCAAGCUGCUUGCUUCCGAGAUCUAUGAGAUCCUGCAGUCUUCCAGCAGCGCGGAGGCAGACCAGGCUGAAGGGGCCACCUCCUGCAGGCGCAAAGCCCAGUUUUUCCUGGGAACUACAAACAAGCGUGCCAAAACAGUCGUUUUACACAUAGAUGGGCUUGAUGAUGCUAGCCGGCGAAGCCUGUGUGAGGAGGCGCUGCUGAAGAUUCGGGGUGUCAUUAGCUUCACUUUCCAGAUGGCGGUGAAGAGGUGCAUAGUGCGAAUCCGGUCGGACUUGAAGGCGGAGGCACUGGGCUCUGCAAUCGCUUCUACCAAAGUCAUGAAAGCUCAACAAGUUGUGAAAAGUGAAGAGGGAGAUGAGGUGAAUGUGUGUUGAAUGUAUAAUCGCUACAAGCAGGCAAAAUUUUCUUUUUAAAGCUCGAAGUCUGGGGAGGGGUUUGCAUUUUCAAGCUUUUUUUUAUGUUUUAAAGGGGAACUGCAGUCUUGAGUUUCUCAGACCGGUUACUCAAUUUCAGUAACAAAGUAAAUUCAUCGACAGUAUAGAAAAAUGUGGAAUUUAGGCACAGAAUCGUGUACUUUGUGAAAAUACUGCAUGGUCACCGUUGUUGUUGCAAACCACUGGACUUGCCACGGGCCAGAGAGUUUGCUCAAAUUGCGACGUGAUGCUGCCCUUCCUGCUCACUAGUCACUGUAAUGACUACUGUGAUGC